UUACUUUUGUUUUCAUGAUACCGCGAUCUGGAACUAUUUAAUUUCAAUCUCUAACGGUUCAAAGAAAAGGGAGGAUCAAUAUAGCCGUACCGAAUGGUACCAUAGUCAUACCCUAUUUUUAUUUAUAAUUAUGAUACCAUAUUUUUACUUGAAUUUUUUUUUUGCUCCGACCAUAUUUUUACUUGAAUACAAUGUCUUGGACUGAUUUUACUCUACAUUAUGAACAUAUAUGUUUUAAUUGCAAAUAAAAAAUAAAAAAAACUAUUAAAGUAUAGUUGAAUAUAUGCAUAUUCGUAGCCCCAUAUUUAGGACUACCAAUUGACAAGCUAUCUAACACACACAAGCUCCCUCCAAUAAAACAAGAAAACUUAUCCAAAACAAAAACAAAAACAAACACAUGGACCUAAGAAUAUUAGCCUUGCAAUAGUUUCCCGGAAAUUUGGGAACCCAAAAGAAGAAGGCAAAACCAAAAAGAGGAGAGCCUGAACCACAUAAAAAACUGUCAAAAUUAACAAAGUCCCGGAUUGGUACUACAACUAUUAUGCUCUUUUCAGCCAUGGCAGCAACAUCCUCUUACAUGGUAUCAGCAAAAAUUCCCAUGUUGGGUUACAUGGGAAGCAGAAGAGAAGUUGGGAAGAGAAGGGCUUUCUCCAUUUCAGCUCAGCAGCAGCAAGCUCAAGCCGAAGAAUCAUCAAAACAAGUAAAAGUAGAGGAAGAACAAGAGUCUCAACAACCGAAAGCGAAUUCGCCGCGGGGAGUUAAACCAAGGCCUGUGGAGCCACAAGUGAACGUGAAGAGCAAGAACAUGAGCAGAGAAUAUGGAGGGCAGUGGCUGAGCAGUACCACUCGACAUGUCAGGAUUUACGCUGCCUACAUCGACCCCGUCACCUGCGAGUUUGAUCAAACUCAGAUGGACAAGCUCACGCUCAUUCUCGACCCCACCAAUGAGUUUGUGUGGAAUUCAGAGAGUUGCAACAAGGUCUACUCUUACUUCCAAGAGCUUGUUGAUCACUACGAGGGCGCGCCAUUGACAGAAUACACACUUCGGUUAAUUGGUUCAGACAUAGAACAUUACAUAAGGAAGCUGCUAUUUGAUGGGGAAAUAAAGUACAACAUGAACGCUAGAGUCCUCAAUUUCAGCAUGGGAAAGCCUCGCAUUCUCUUUAACAACAAUGAAAUCCAACCUCAAGAUGAGCAAUCAUGAGAUGUUAUGAAAUAAGUUAGCACGUUGCCUUAUCAGUAUUUCAGAAAAAUCAAUAACGACCCAAGCUUACAACUUUUGGAGAGGACAAAAAGGAAGAGAUGCAACAUUUUGCUACUAUUUUAUUUGGAUCAUUCAAGCGUAUGUUAAGAACAAUUAAAUUUUGUACAGAAGUUGUCACACACUUUAAACCAAUUUGAAGUACUUUCACAAUUCAGCAAUGACAAGAAAUUUAUGU